GUCAAGGUUGUCAUUUUGGGACAAGAUCCAUAUCAUGGACCUAACCAAGCUCACGGGCUGUGUUUCAGUGUCCAGAAGCCUGUUCCACCUCCCCCCAGUUUAGAAAAUAUUUACAAAGAACUAUCUACAGAUGUUGAGGGCUUCACUCAUCCUGGACAUGGUGAUCUCACAGGCUGGGCCAAGCAAGGAGUGCUGCUGCUCAACGCGGUCCUCACGGUGCGAGCCCACCAGGCCACCUCCCACAAGGAGAAGGGCUGGGAGCAGUUCACGGACGUGGUGGUGUCCUGGCUCAACAAGAACCUGCAGGGGGUGGUCUUCAUGCUGUGGGGAGCCUACGCCCAGAAGAAAGGCAGCUCCAUUGACCGGAAACGGCACCACGUCCUGCAGACGGCCCAUCCCUCCCCUUUCUCUGUCAACAGAGGAUUUUUUGGCUGUCGGCAUUUCUCCAAGACCAACGAGUUGCUCAAGAAGUCUGGGAAGAAGCCCAUUGACUGGGGAGCGCUCUGA